AAAAGAAACUUAUCUUUUAAUUUCUUUUUUUUCUAAUUUCGAGUUUGCGUUCGUAGAAGGAUAAAAAAAAGGGACUCCUAUUUAUUACGAACGAAACGAACAAAUUCCGUCGAAAUUUGUGUUAACAGUGCAAGAAGAGACUAUUAUUAUUACUACUCAUCUUUACUUGUUGUAUUCAUUUGGAUUAAACAGUGCAGUGUGUACUUUACUUACUUGUUUGUUGCGUUCAACAAUUAACAAACUAUUUUAGUUUGUUGUUUUUUUUCAAUAUUCUUACAUUGAAAUUCAGUGAUAAGUCGAGAUGGUGACCAGCAGCGUUACCGUGGGCGCCACGCUACCCACGCAACAUGUACCUCAGGAAAACGGACAACCAACCGCGCAAGCAGCCACAAGUACGACAACUACCAGAAGAACGGGAGAAAACCGACGGAGCAAUAAACCGAUUAUGGAGAAAAAGCGCCGAGCCCGCAUCAAUAGUUGCCUAAAUGAACUGAAGACCCUUAUUCUUGAUGCCAUGAAAAAAGACCCAGCAAGACAUUCAAAAUUAGAGAAAGCAGACAUCCUCGAGAUGACUGUUAAACAUAUGGAGACAAUGCAUCGUCAACAAGUAAUCUUACAAACAGCGAUGGAUCCGAACGUUUUGAACAAAUUUCACGCGGGUUAUUCGGAGUGCGCCAUAGAAGUUAGCAGGUUUACGGGAUUGGAUCCUGGUGUAAAGAAACGUCUGAUGAACCACUUGGCUUCUUGCUUAGGAGUGGUUGAACUAAAUACUAGUGGUGGUGGUGGUGGUGGUGGUGGUGGUGUUCAAACGGCUACAACGACGACAACUAAUAUAACGACAACAGCGGCUAAUCAACAGUCUGUUCAACCCGCUCCACCGACUACUCAAUUGCAAGUGCACAUUUUACCUCAAGUAGAUGCUACACAAAGAAUUCAGGUGCAACAAUCUAAUGGAUUUUUUCUAACGAAUAGCAACGGCACGGGAUUGCAAUUGUUACAAACUAGGCUAACGAACGGUGACAUUGCAUUGCUCGUACCAACCGGUAGUAAAACAACACAAGUGAUAUCCCCAGCAUCUUCCCCGGCACCUAGUUCACCGUUACCAACUUUAAUACCAAUCCCGCAAAGAACUGCGAGUACGGCGUCGGCAUCGUCAUCUUCCUCUUGUACCAACGGCUCGAAUUCGCUCUCGGCAUCGAGCCCAGUUAGUUUCGAAGCACCGCCACAAAACUUUGUUCAACAACAACCUACGCCCGUCUACGUAACUGGCAAUAGUCACCGAGACGUAGCUACCUCACCCGCAAAUGGAUAUACCAGCGAUCCCGAGUUCGAUCCUCGUGUUUAUAGUCCACCACUUCAGAAACCGCUUGCCUUGGUGAUGAGAAAAAGCGUCAAGCAUGAAUUGGAAAGCAAACCAUGGAGGCCGUGGUAAAGUGACAAUUAUAUAUACAUGUACAUAUAUAUAAAUAUAUAUAUAAAUCAGUGAUGAACUUUGUGCUAUGUAUCAAAUGAAUUUGACUUUGUCGAUGAAUGGACACACACAGACAGUCAUAUAUGUUCCUUGCGCUUGCGCUUGCGCACACACUUAUAAUGUAAAUAGUAUCUUUUAUUUUUUAUUUUAUAUCUCUUUUUUUUUCUCGUACGUGGAUUAUGAUAAAUUAAAUCAUACGUGUAUAUUAUUCAAUGAAAUAUCGAUGAAUUUAGCGCGAGUGCGUGUGAUAAUACUGACGAACAAACAAGGUGGUGCCUUAUCAAAGUGCCUUAAAUGAUUUAUACACGUAUCCACGAUUCGUGCGUCAAAUCGAAUUACUGUCGAUAUCUGUUUGUUCACGGGAAGACAAAGAAAUAAUGACGAUUUUGUUAAAAAAAAAAAAAA